AUGCCUCAUUUCCCCAUGAAUUCAGGGUUCAACUCCAGCGAUGCAUCUAGCAGCGCGCUUCCUUCAGUACAAGUGAAGAACCGUCGGAAGCGGUACCUGGACCUGCACCCAGAGUACUUCUCGGCGGAUCUUGAGCUCGCCGACCCGUUGUUGUACGAUCGCCUCAUCCGCCGAUUCCAGACACCACAGGAGAGGGAGGCCCUGGGCCGUGAAAAGGGUUUCUCGGGCGUCCUACAGGCGGACAUGCAACGCUCGGAAGCGAAGAUGGAUGCUCUCGCGAACCCAGAUCCCAAUGCAAUGCUGAGCUAUACUCGGGGUCCUGAUGGAGAGAUUCUGGCCGAGGACCGUGAUGACAUCCCCGCUAGUAAGGAGGAAGGAGAGAAGGCCUGGCAGUGGGAGAUGGGCUUGCGGUUCAUGAGAGGCGAUGACGAUGAUUUUGACUACAAGACCGUCGAUGAGAAUGACGAUUAUGAUGAUCGAACCGAAGAGCAGGACAAGUACUUCGAGGAUGAGGAGCCUGAGUGGCUGGUCGGCGAUGCCCGCGGUGAUGACGCUCAUAUGAGUCUUCAGGGUGAGACGGGCGUGCAAGAUUUCUGA